AUGCUCCAGAAGUUCGCGCUCGCGUUCAAGACCAAGACCAUCGAGUUCUUCGCCGAGGAGGAGGAGGACGAGGAUGCCGCGGGUGGGGAGGGCGGGAUCCUCGCUGGCCAGCGGGUGCUCGUACUGAAGCCCGACCCGCAGAACCCUAGCAGCCCCGUCGGCGGCGAUGGGGGGACCGGGUCGGCGUCCGGAAAGGAGGCCGCCGUGGCGGCGGCACUCGCGACGACGUCGUCGUUCCAGGCGGCGUACCUGCACCUGCAGGCGGCGCACACGCCGUUCCUGCCGGAGGCGGCUGCCGCCGCGGACGCCCUCGCGGUCUCGCACCUCCGGCGGUUGUCGGAGCUAAAGCGGCUCGCGUCGGGCGCGGCGGAGGACGGCUCCCUCACGGCCCACCUCGAGGACCAGGUGGGGGAGAACCAGGCGCUGCUGCGGUCGUUCGACGCCGUGGUGAACCGCCUCCAGGCCGCGCUCGAUGCCAAGGACGCCGCGGCCGCCUCUCUUCGCUGGGAGCUCGCGGCGCUGGCGGACGGCAACGCGCGCCUUGCCGGGCGCCUCGACCGUGCCCUCGCGCCACAGCCGGGCGCGGGCGGCGGCGACGCCUUGGGCGCCAUGCUGUCCGCCAGCGUCUUCGAUUCCGUCCUGCGCGAUGCUCUCCGCGUCGCCCACCGCUUCACCCGUGCCCUCGCCGAGCUCCUCCGGUGCGCAGGAUGGGACCUGGCUGACGCUGCGGCAGCUGCCUACCCCGGUAUUGCCUACUCCAAGCAUGGCCACUGCCGCUACGCUCUCCUCUCCCGUGUCUGCCUAUCCAUGUUCGACGGCUUUGACUCCUACCAGUUCGGUGGCACAAGCGAUGCGUCUGCCCUCGAAGGAAUCGAGCUUGCAGUUCGCAGGAAUGAAUCGUUGCAGCAAUUCAUCGCGCACUCUGAUGCAGACCCCAUGGAGCUCAUGAGUUCAAGCCCAGACUGCGAAUUCUCGCAAUUCUGUGAUCGGAAGUACAAACAGCUCAUCCAUCCAGGCAUUGAGUCCUCAUUGUUUGGGAAUCCAGACUGCAGGGCAUUGCCGGUGAUGGCUACAGCCGGUCCACUCUACGAGUUGUUCAUCACGAUGGCAAGCUCAAUAUGGACACUUCACAGAUUGGCCUGGGCUUAUGACCCAGCAGUCGGCAUAUUCCAGGUUAGCCGGGGCACAGAGUACUCAUCGGUGUACAUGGAGAGCAUUGUUCGGCCGAAAGCAUUCUCAGCAAGCAAAGAGGUCGGCAAGACGGUGCGCCCGAAGGUCGGGUUCACGGUGGUGCCGGGCUUCCGGCUCGGCGGCACGGUGAUCCAAUGCAGGGUGUACCUAGAGUCCUAG